AUGGCUCCAACAAAGUCUGCUGCUAGUGCAAAGGGUCUUGCUCCAGAUGAUAUUCUUCAAGCAGUAGUUGUUGCCGACAGCUUUAACAAGAGAUUCAGACCUCUUACUCUUAAUACUCCGAGGUGUCUGAUGCCUUUGGCAAACAUGCCCAUGAUUGAAUAUACUCUGGAAUCUCUUGCUAUUUCCAACAUUCAGGAGAUAUUUAUUGUUUGCUGCAGUCAUGCCGAUCAAAUCAAAUCUUAUAUCAAACACUCACGAUGGGCCAAAUCUGUCACUCCUUCAGUCACCAUGAUCGUGUCACAGGAGUUGCGUAGUAUGGGUGAUGCAUUACGAGAUCUAGAUGCAAAACAAGUUUUACAGUCGGAUUUUGUUCUUGUCAGUGCAGAUACUGUCUCGAAUAUUGAUUUGAUUGAGGCCAUUAAUGAACAUAAACAAAGAAGAAUCAAGGAUAAAAAUGCAAUCAUGACCAUGGUGUUAAAGCAGGCUUCCCCUCACCACCCUACUCGUGCAAUGGGAGAGGAGGAGCUGUUUGUCAUUGAUCCCAAAUCGGCUGAAUGUGUGCAUUAUGAAACAUUUGGAAAAUUCCCUGUCAAGCGCAAAAUUAAGCUGAACCCAAGUCUGUUCAAGGCUCAUUCUGAGCUUUCUGUUCGAAACGAUCUUAUUGAUCCUCAGAUCGAUAUUUGUUCUAUUGAGGUGCUUGCGCUAUUUACUGAAAACUUUGAUUAUCAAGACAUUCGCAAAGACUUUUUAAAAGGUAUCCUUGAAUCGGAUCUUCUUGGAAAAACCAUCUUUUGCCAUCUUUCAAGCACUGGAUAUGCUGCUCGAGUAUCUACUCCUCAGAUGUAUCAUUCUGUCAGUCAUGAUAUCAUGUCUCGUUGGUCUUAUCCUCACGUUCCUGACAAUUGUCCCACGCAUCAUCAGAUGUACAGACACUCUCGCCCUUAUAUUUACAAGGCUGUUGAUGUGAGCCUUUCAAGAUCUGCUCAGCUUAAAGAAAAGGUGAUUAUUGGGACAGGCAGUAGCGUUGGUGAGAAAACCAUAAUCAAAGGCACAGUUAUUGGAAAAGGCUGCAAAAUUGGUGAGAAUGUGCGAUUGGAGGAUGUCUAUGUGUUUGACAAUGUGAUUAUUGGAGAUAACUGCCAAGCCGAAAAAUGCAUUCUUGCCAGUGGUGUUGAGCUUAAAUCUGGUGUUGUGCUUGAAAGGGGGUGCGUGAUUGGCACCAAUGUUAUACUUGGACCAGAUGUUAUUAUUCCUUCACGCAGUAAAAUUUCUGUGGAAAAAGAAGACGAUUUUGGGAUUUCUGAUAAUGAGAGUCCCUCGGUUGCUGCUAGCGAUACAGAAGCAAGUCAUGAAAAUGACGAUGACCAUGAUGAUAUUACCAUGCAUCUUGGUCUUGAAAGUCGUGGCUUUUUCUACAUGAAUGAAGAUAAUGAGGACGAGGAUAUGGAUUGUCGUAAUAUCGAAGCUGGCUAUCUUGAUUCUGGAUGUGGUAAAGAUACUGCCGCCGAUUAUGAACCCGAGUCGGCUAUUGAGACAGAUCUAGAUUGUGCUAUUGAUGAAAGUGAAGAUGAUAAUGAUUGGGAAAAUGAAGUGGCCAUGACUCUUGAACGUGCAUUUUCUGACGAUCACACUGUUGACAUUGCUGCGCUUGAACUCAACACGUUGAAAAUGGCCAUGGAUAUUACCUUUCAAAAUUUGCGCGAGACAGUUAUUCCUGCAAUAUUGGCUCGUAUUGAUCUUACUCGACCUGUUCCUUCCAGUAAAGAAACAAUUUCUCGAUGGGGACCACUUGUCGGCAAGUUUACGCAUUCAAAUGCAGAUCAGCUGAAUGUUUUGCAUAUUAUUUCUGUGUAUGCAAAAGACACAUUGCCAUUUCAAAAAGCGUUUGUGUUUGUCUUGCGUUUCUUUUACGAUAUGGAUGUACUGAGUGAAGACAUGAUACUCAAGUGGCACAAGGGACUAUCAAUGGGAUUAGAUGGUAUGACAAAUAUUAAAUCGCUUGCAUUGCCAUUUGUUGCGUGGCUAGAGGAGGCUGAAGAGGAUGAUGAAGAAUCUAGCGACGAAGAAUAA